CGCUGCCAGAGCUUGCCUUGUCGUAACAAACGUUCAAGUGACAGAAGAGUGUUACUCGCUGCCGAGAUGUCUGCUAAGUUGACCAAGGACUCUGUAUUUACCGCAACCUCUGGCAUGAGGAUGCCUGUCGUGGGCCUCGGGACACUGGCCAGGAGCACGGAGGAGAGGUCGUCAGACGAGGACAUUACAAAGGCAGUGGAGUAUGCCCUAGAGGCUGGCUACAGACACUUCGACACCGCCUACAUGUACAGGAACGAGAAAGCAGUGGGGAAUGCACUAAAGAAGUGGUUGGAUAGCGGCAGAAUCAAAAGGGAGGAGUUGUUCGUCGUUACUAAGCUGCCUAUGGUGGGAAACAAUGAAAAGUUGGUAGAGAGGUACCUGAAGGAGUCUCUGCAAGACCUGCAACUAAGCUAUGUAGACCUGUACCUGAUCCACAAACCAGUGGGUUUCCAGCCUGGAAAGGAACUGUUUCCUACGGACGAAAACGGAUACCUGAAGCUUGACUUAGACACAGAUCACAUUGCUUUGUGGAAGGCGAUGGAGGCCCAAGUGGACGCAGGGAGGGCCAAGUUUAUCGGCCUGUCCGACUUCACAAUUGCCCAGAUGGAGCGGAUCCUGAAGGUCGCGAGGAUUCGCCCCUCUACGGACCAGGUCGAGUGCCAUCUCUACUUCCAGCGGAAAGAGCUGCGCGAGUGGGGUAAGAAAAACGGGAUCCCAGUCACAUCUUUUGCAACCCUGGGCUCUGGUGCUGCCGUGUCUAUUUUUGACAAAGGAGGAAACAUGACUGAACAGCAGAAGAAGAACCCCAUGACGGAGGAGGUUGUGAUACGCAUAGCCCAAGCUCACGGCAAGAGCCCGGGCCAGGUGUUGUUGAGACAUAUGGUGCAGCUCGGUGUCGCCGUCAUACCCAAGAGCUCCCACCCCGACCGCAUCAAGCAGAACAUUGACAUUUUCGAUUUUGAACUAACGGACAAAGAUAUGGCUGAUUUGGGUGCUUUCGACUUGGGUGAAGGUGGAAGGAAAUUUUUCGUCUCCAAUAUGGUGAAAGGAUACGAUAAACACCCUGAGUGCCCCUAUGGAAAACCAUAACCUGCUUCCAAACAGAGAAUAACUAACAAGGAUUACUGAGUCAAUAUUUAUUUGUAACAUGCAAGAUACAAGUGUGUGAAUUUUUAUAUUUUCCGAUAUAACAUGUCAUGUAUUAUUGUCAUUUUGUAUUAGUAGUGUUGCUGCUAUAUUACAAAUACAAUUUGUAUAUGUA